AUGGCCACCCUCAGACCUCUGGUGAAGCCCAAGAUUGUAAAAAAGAAAACCAAGAAGUUCAUCCGGAACCAAACAGACCAAUAUAUCAAAAUUAAGUGCAACCGGCAGAAACCCAGAGGCAUUGACAAUAGAGUGCACAGAAGAUUCAAAGGCCAGAUCUUGUUGCCCAAUAUUGGUUGCAGGAGCAACAAGAAAACAACACACAUGCUGCCCAGUGGCUUCUGGAAGUUCCUAGUCCAUAACGUCAAGGAGGUUGAAGUGCUGGUGACGUGCAACAAAUCUUACUAUGCAGAGAUUGCUCACAUUAUCUCCUCUAAGAACCACAAAGCCAUUGUGGAAAGAGCAGCCCAGCUGGCCAACAGAGUCACCAAUUCCCAAUGCCAGGCUGCACAGCAAAGAAAAUGA